AUGUUCAGUCCUACCUUCUUUCUGUGGGAUGUUGGAUAUCCCUUAUACACCUAUGGCUCCAUCUGCAUUAUUGUGUUAAUUAUUUGGCAAGUGAAAAAGAGCCAUGAAAAAUUAAGGUUGGGACCAAACAGGAGCUGUUGCCAGAAUCACCGAAGACUCAAACAAAGGUCUAGAGACAGAACUUCAAAAGCUAAGAGAACUUCCCAGGAAGAAGCUAAGAAGCUGCAGAAGCUGCUCUCUGCCAUGAAAAGCCAGGGCUGGCUUCCUCAGGAGGGAAGUGUGCGGCGGCUCCUGUGUGCAGAUCCCUGCUGCCAAACCUGCAAUGCUGUGGCUCUGGAGAUUCAGCAAUUGCUGGUGGAAGCUCCAGGAGUUGGCUUGGGAGAUGAGAUGAAGCUCUUUUUGCACUGGAUUAACCCCGAAAUGAAAAGUCAAAGACCUGAAGAAUCCAUUCUCUACUCUAAGGCUGAGACAGUUGCCAAAGCCAGAACAAAAAAGGUUGAGAAAUGUCUAACCCCCACCAAAGACCCUGUGGGGGAAGGUAACUUGGAGAAGACAGCAGAGGACCAUGACGCCCAGCUUCCCCCUACUGAGGAUGAGGGCCUGACCUUCUGCGAUGCCCCCCAGUGCCUAGAAAAUCAGCUCUAG